AUGUCGGCGCGUCUGCUGCACCCGGACGAGUACGAACUCGGCUCUAGGUCGUCCGUUGAUUCCGAUGGCACUUUCAACCUUGACGAUGAUGAUUUCGAGUCCCAGAUUCCUCCCACAUCCAGGCUGGGCGCACGGCGACGGCCUUGGUUUGCCCGGCUCUUCCCUUUCGCUUUCUCCGGGUACCGACGCCUGAAGACAAAUUCCCGACCCAUUCUCGUCAGCUCCGCGCGCCCGACAUGCGCCCGACGCUUCUCCUUUCGCCGCCGAUGCUGCAACCUUCACAUCGUCUUCGGGGUGGUUCUCGCCCUCGUUCUUUUUGCUUCCAUCUUCACACCUUCCUACACCCAUCCACCCGCACAUUAUUCGACCCUGCGGAAGUCAGCGCUGGAAAAGAACUCUGCUGGCAGAGGCAACCCACAUAAUGAAAAGGUAUUCAUUGCAGCAAGUCUAUACGACCGCGGCGGAGACCUCGCACGGGGACAAUGGGGCACACAACUCCUCCAGUUGGUUGACCUUCUUGGUAGUCACAAUGUGUUUGUGAGCAUCUACGAGAAUGACAGCGGGGAAGAAGGGCAAGCCGCCUUGCGAGAGCUGGAGCAACAGAUCCCCAGCCCGAAGAGGAUUGUUUUCGAAGAGCAUCUGGACCUCAAGACCAUUCCAUCUAUCACCAUACCGGGUGGCGAGACUCGCAUCAAGCGCAUUGAGUAUCUGGCGGAGCUUCGAAACAAAGCGCUACAGCCACUGAAUGACCAACCCGACACCCGCUACGACAAACUUCUUUACCUGAACGACAUUCUCUUCGAGCCCGUUGAUGCGCUUCAGCUGCUCUUUUCAACAAAUGUCAACGGAGACGGUAGAUCCCAGUACCGCGCCGCAUGCGCAGUUGAUUUUGACAACCCCUUUAAAUUCUACGACACCUAUGCAACUCGUGAUCUUCAGGGAUACUCCAUGGGACUUCCAUUCUUCCCCUGGUUUUCUACCGCUGGAAGCCACGAAAGCCGAAAAGAUGUUCUGCAAGGAAAGGAUGCUGUUCGAGUCCGUAGCUGCUGGGGAGGCAUGGUGGCCUUUGAUGCCAAAUUUUUCCAAGACCCAUUGCCUACUGGCACCACUCCGGCGCGUUUCCGCUCCGGAACUGAUCUCUUUUGGGAGGCAUCCGAAUGCUGCCUCAUCCACGCUGAUAUUCAAGAUCCUCAGACUCGCGUGGAUGAGAUCACGGAUACGGGUAUCUACAUGAACCCGUAUGUGCGGGUGGCUUAUGAUCGCCGAACUCUUUCGUGGUUAGGAAUCACUCGUCGAUGGGAGAAGCUGUACUCGCCCAUCCACAAUAUUGGCAAUCAUCUUGUCGGUCUGCCAUGGUAUAACCCCCGCCGCACUGAGGCACCUGGCCAAAGCGUGCAGGAGACUGUUUGGAUCCCCGACAGCAGCCAGGAUGGCGGGGGUUCCUUUCAGACCGUGGAUCGCACCGCUGGCAAUGAUGGCUACUGUGGCCGCCGCGGCCUGCAAGUCAUCGUGGAAAACCGCAAGCCAGGGCAAAAAGGUUAUGAGCCGAUCCCUGUGCCAUCGAUAUAG